CACAGCAGGCGGUGCGCCGGGUAAUGUAGUUUCUGGCUGCGUGCAUCCCGUCCUCUGCACUGCAGUCGGGCGCCACUCGCACGUUUUGGGCGUAGGGAGGUCACGUUACAAACCGGAUCCGCGCUAGCUGCCGCUGGAGAGAGGAGGACUGCGCAAAAAAAAAAAAACACGGCCCGGAUUUCUAGCCUGACGUCACGGGAGCCUCGGAGCUCUUUGACAGGAUCCAAAAACCAGCGGAGCCGGAGACGUGUGACCGACGUCCAGCGACUGAAACGCGGCUGUUUUGAGCCACAUACCCGGGAGACGUCUCUUUCGUUCGGAUUGCUGCCACCAUGACAGCGCGGCUCCGCCGUUAAAGGGACGCCGACGGCCGUCCAUCGUUUUUCUUUCAUAUUGACCCCGGCGGAGGAGGAGGAGGUGAAAGGGGAGGAGGAGGACAAUCAGCCAGGAGAACAACCACUAAUCCACCGGGACGGUCACAUUCGGACCCCGGAGAAGUGGACGGGGCAGCGAGACCUGGAUGAAAUACCCGGGAAUAGCAGAGCGAGCCCGCAGUGUUAUGCCCGUUAAUCCGCGCGCUCUUUAUGAGACUGGAAAUGGGCGCUUUAACAAGCAGACAGAACAUAGGCGUGGAGGAACUGGACAUUCCGUCCAGUUCGGUGUACCGUUAUCCGCCCAAAUCUGGCAGUUACUUCGCCAGCCACUUCAUCAUGGGAGGAGAGAAGUUUGACUCCACCCACCCUGAGGGUUACCUGUUCGGGGAAAACACGGACCUUAACUUCCUGGGCACCCGACCAGUGGCGUUCCCAUACGCAGCCCCCCCCCCCCAGGAACCAGUGAAGACGUUAAGAAGCCUUAUAAACAUCCGUAAGGACACGCUGCGGCUCGUACGGUGCAGCGAGGACCUGAAGCUGCCGGGUGACGAGGAGCCGGGGAAGAACCGAGCCUGCUACAACGUGGAGUUCACCUUUGACGCUGACACGCAGGUGGCCAUAACCAUCUAUUACCAGGCCGUAGAGGAGUUUCACAGCGGGGUGCCGGUUUACCUGCCGCAGGACGGCUCCCUGCAGUCGGAGACGGUGCACUUCAAGAGGGGAGUGGGCCAGCAGUUCAGCCUGCCGUCCCACACCGUCAACCUCAGCGAGUGGGCCGACGAGGAGCUGCUGUUCGACGUGGACAAGGAGGUUUUCCCCAUGGUGGUGCAGGCCGUGGUGGACGAGGGGGAAGAACAUUUGGGCCACUCCCACAUUCUGCUGGCGACAUUUGAAAAGCACAUGGAUGGAAGCUACUGUGUGAAGCCUCUGAAGCAGAAACAAGUGGUGGACGGAGUGAGUUAUCUACUGCAGGAGAUCUACGGGAUAGAGAACAAGUACAACAGCCAGGAAUCCAAGGUCGCUGACGACGAGAUCAGCGACAACAGUGCUGAGUGUGUGGUGUGUUUGUCGGACGUGCGAGACACGCUCAUCCUGCCGUGCAGACACCUGUGUCUCUGCAACGCCUGCGCAGACACCCUGCGCUACCAGGCCAACUGCUGCCCCAUCUGCAGGCUGCCAUUCAGAGCUCUGCUGCAGAUCCGAGCCAUGAGGAAGAAGCUCAGUCCCCUGUCACCUACCAGCUUUAACCCCGUCAUCACCUCACAGACCUCGGACUCUGAGGAACACUCGGCGUCGGAGCACAUCCCCCCCGGAUACGAGGUGGUGUCUCUGCUGGAGGCCUUGAACGGGCCCCUCACCACCUCCUCGCUGAACCCUGCUCCUCUCAGCUGCGGCCCCAGCCACGUCUCCGGGGCGCUGCCCCCGUACGGCGGCGAGCCGCACCCGGCCCGCUCGCUCUCCCCCCUGGACCAGUCCAACUCCAGCCAGGGCCUCAAGCUCAAGAAGAGUGGAUCAAAGUCACUCUCCCAGAAUUCAUCUGUUCUUCCCGAGGAAGAGGAUGAAAAAUCUUGCAGUGAAUCGGAGGCCUGCUGCCAUAAACUCGCCGUGGACCAGCAGGAGAGUGGUGUCACCCCAGAGAGUGAGAACCUGACCCUUUCCUCGUCCGGAGCCAUCGACCAGUCGUCCUGUACUGGGACGCCGCUCUCCUCCACCAUCACCUCCCCUGAAGACCCAGUGAGCAGCAGCCUGGUCCAGUCAGUGAUGUCCAUGGCCUCGUCCCACUCGCAGCACUCGCACAUCAGCACUGACACCAUGUCCUCCAUGUCAGGGUCCUACCUGGCCGGGGCCGAAGGCGAGCCAGGGGGGUGCGAGGGGGGAGAAGCUGAGGAGAACCAGGACGCCGCCAUGGAGAGCCGAGGGCCGUCGCAGCAGGACGGGGAGUUUUCUCAGGAGCCAAAGAAACCCAACUACUCCGUGACGGGAGAGGAGCAGGACUCAGAGGGAAACGAUGUCACAGAAGAGGACUGCUCCUCCCCCUCUAAUGGGAAAGGUGGGCGGAGCAGGUGUCCAGAGUUGGCCAAUAACAAUCAGGGCGUCGCCCUCUGUGACACGCCCUCUUUGGGGCUGGAUAAUGAGCAAGCUCCCGACAGCCGAUUCGCCGGUCUGAUGUACCUGGGGGGUCACAGGUCUGUUGUGGAGCCCCUCAGCCACCAAACCUCCAGCAGCAACAUCAACCGUGAGGAGCAGGGGCCCGAGAGCAGUCCUCAGCACCUCAUGGUGUAACAAACACAUGGACUCAGCCUGCAGGAGGUGCUGCAUUGCUGGAUACUUUCCUCACUGAGCCCCCCCCCCCUCCAUCCAUCCAUCCAUCCAUCCCUGAAACCCGUAGAAAGAGGAGGGACAGAGACACUUGUGUCUGUGCACCUUUAUCUCACAGGACUUUGUGUGUUUAUUAUUGUCUGCUACCUGACUUGUUGUGGGAUUUAUUAUUUAUUACUAUCUAAUGAGAGCUGUGUAUCAUGACAGUAUCUCUAUAAAAGUACCUGCUCCUCUGCAGUCGGGGCUGCUGUGAUGGGCCAUCUGAUUUAUUACUGAUGUGCUUCUCUAUUAUGAAACCGAGUGGUUGCUCACAGACUUCCUUACGUUAACAGACUCCUCUCCUCGCAUGAAGCUUCUAAACUGCAGAGCUUGUCCUCCCGCCAUCGAUUUCAAACCACCUCAAACUAAGAGACUUCACACAGAAUGUAGGACCAUGAUGUCUUUGACGGGGACGGAGAGAGACAAUUUUCAUCAGAACUUUGACUGGUUCACACACACACACACACACACACACACAGCCAUGUGUUUAUCAUCUCACACACACACACACAGCAUGUCAGUAUUAGCGUAUUGCAGAUGGAAAUCAACCAAGCAAUAAAGAUGCCGAAGCUCGGCCUCCUGCAGGAAGAGGCUCAUCAAACUGUUCCAUUCAAAUCCAGACAUUUCAAUGUGUUUUAUUGUAUUUCUUUUUAUUACAAUUUUACCAUUUCUUUUGUGAGAAAAACAUUCUGCAUCUAAUUUUAAAAUGUGAGUUUAGGUCACCUUGGUCUGCUUGCAUUUUGUUCCUUCUUAAAUGUCACCUCGACGAGCCCUUUUCUCCUCGUUAGUGAAGCUUUUAGUUGUUUGGGUUUUGUAUAACUUUAAUGUGUAUUUCCCCAGUUGUUGAUGUUCUCUGUUACAGGGUUUUAUUUUGUUUGUUUUCUAGAAUGUGAAUGAAAUGACGGUUUACAUGCAUUUAAAAACUGCAAAGGGACAACAUCAUUAUUUAAUGCACACUUUGCAGAGCGUGUGAGUCCACAAAGCCGGACCCUACACAUCUGUCCUGUUCUACGUGGGUCACGGCGCCUGCACUUCACACCUCUCUGUGAUGGUGUUUGCUCUCCGGGUCCCAACAUCGACAAGAACCACACACUUCUACAACGGAGGGGCACAAAGGGCCAGAGAAACAUGGGAUGGAUGAUAACGUUUGUGACUAAAUGGUCAGAGUGGAUUUAUAAGAAGCUUUAUCUUCAUGUGGCUGGAGAUGUUUCCUAGCAACAGUACAAAUGUGACCCUCUAUGAACUGAAGAUAACCAUCUUUCCCACAGAAGAUACGUUUGCUUCUCUUUGCAUUUGACACAUUUGUUUUGUAAUUCUUUGUUUCCUUUUACUUAAAUGAUAUUCAAACCCUGGUUUUCCAUAGGCAUCAUCUAAUAAGCCUUCAACAAGCAAAUGAAUAAAACCAAGAUAUUAAACAAGCA